AUGACCGACCUCAGCAAAAGUACAAGUGAGCCUCCAGCACAGGGAGCUGUCUCGAAAAAGCCUGCUCAAAAAGCUCCCCAGUUGACCAUCGAAAAUGUUGCGGAGUUGGGAUUUGAAAAUGAACUGAUUCGUUUUGCGAUCUUUCAUACAUAUGGAUCUAUUUGGGAGGCUGCCAAUGUACUUUUAAGGUUCCGAUCUGAUAAUCCAGCUCAAUGUGAUAUGCAAGGAACCGCCACAUCAAGCAAACGUGUUGAGAAAAGCAACAAUGAGACGAUGCAGAAGUCGUCCACUGUAGAGGAAGCUGUGGAUAGAGGUAAAAGUCAAAGCAAGGAGGUUGCAGAAAAUGCAGUGGGGGCGUCCACCAUUGCGAAUACCGUCGAAGAAGCCAAACCUACGCUACCAUCAAACAAGUCGGCAAGUAUUGUUAGAUCUAGGGAUGCUCCAACUUCAUGUUGGCCGCCGGGUCUUCAGUCUCACCAAAGUAAACGCAAACAACUUGUAUCGUCGUGGAAACGGGAUAUUAAGAGUGCCGCACGCUUACCUGCACAGAACACAACGACGAUUGAGGGGCAGCACAUUCAAGUGAGCAAUAAUAUCCCAGAUAAUGAAACCCAGACGGCCACAGAUUCGACCGAAGGCAAAAGCAAGAUGGACUCAACAACAAUAAAGACAGGAACCAUCAUUGCGAAGCCAACAAACCUGGAAAAGGAUGCUUCUGGUAGCGGUAUCAAGCGCAAGUUGGAAAUUGUUGAAAUUUCCGAUGAUGAUAGCGAUGAUGGUGGAGCCGACUUCGAUAGACAUGACUCGUUCCAGUUGAAGGAAGAGAGUAUUGCUGCAGAAAACAUUGCUGCAUAUGAUGAUUCCACAAAGGUCCCUAACGAUUCUACAAGUGAGCAAGAACCAAACCUUUCACCUCUCGUGAAUGAUGGGGCAUGGCGGACUGAGACGAUAGCAUGGGCAAACGAGCUGUUUCAGAAAUCUAAAUCACAUGUAAAAGUCUCUGGAACGUCAGAUCCUCCACAUCAUGCAACGUGUUUCAAAAGAGGUCUUCAGGAGAAAACAACGCUAGCAGUCAUUCGCAGAAGUCUCUUGGAGCUUGAAAGUAAGGCAUUUCUGGACUUGACAAAAUGCAUUCUAGAGGGAGCGGUGGCAUCUGCGGCAAUAGGGUUUAAUAUGGCUGUGGUCGUCUUGCUUAUUUCAAAUCAUAUGCCACCCAAAGAAGGCAUAUUAGCUCUGGAAGCGAAAUAUUCAUCGGAUGAUAGCUACUUCACGAAAAGCAAGCUUUGUGGUAACGAGGCAUGUAGGCGUCCAUCCCACGUCAUUGGGGAAAGCGAAGAAGCCUCGAGUUCUCGCAGAAUUUGUCAAGAUAGCCGAAAAAGAGUACUUCGAAAUGGUCAAGUCCCGGAAGACAAGUGCAUCAAUGGUGAUAAGCAUUACCCAGAAUGUAUGAGAGACUUGACACUUUCCGAUGAAGCAAGCUACAGAGCAUGUGAAGCUCACAGCUGGAAAGCGUGGCACGAACGGCCUGCAAUCAAGGUGGCGUGCGGUCAAAACAUUGACAAGAAGCGGAAACUAGGAAACAUGUAG